GGACAAACAUUUUGGAACAUUUCAAAAUAAAUAACAGAACAGAGGGAGUAGGAUUUGGUGCGGUAUGAGAAGGCCAUCUACUACUAGCCAGCUGCCUCAUCAGUCAAACUUUUAGUACAGUAUAUUUUCUUCCUCCUAUAUGUAUGAGAGAGAGAGAGAGAGAUGGAUAGGAGUGAAGAAGAGCAAGAGAUUGUGAUAAUAGGCGCUGGGAUUUGCGGCCUUGCGACCGCCCUUGCUCUACACAGGAAGGGAAUGAAAAGUGUUGUUCUGGAAAGAUCAGAGACAUUGAGGGCAAGUGGUGCGGGUAUUGGGAUUUGGGCUAACGGCUGGCGCGCCCUUGAGCAGCUUGGCGUUGCCUCUCAUCUCAGAAAAACUGCUCUUCCUAUUCAACGGUUUCGAGAUGAAUGGCUUGACAAGGGCUCGAACCAAGAGAGACCAGCGACUGGUGAAGCUCGAUGCUUGAAGCGGAGUGACCUUAUUGGGACACUAGCGGAUGCAUUGCCGCCUGGCACGAUACAUUUCGGACGCCAAAUAGUAUCUGUUAAGAUGGAUCCCUCAAAUUCUUAUCCGAUUCUCCAACUUCUUGAUGGCAGCUCUAUUGUGGCCAAGAUUUUGAUCGGAUGCGAUGGACUAAAUUCAGUGGUGGCUAAUUUUCUUGAGCUGAAGCCAACAAAAGAGUUUGGCACUUGUUCAGUGAGAGGCUUGACGAAUUAUCCGAAUGGUCAUGCCUUUCCCCAUGAAUUGGUUCGAACCAGGAAAAAUGACAUUCGUAUAGGAAUAAUUCCGAUCGAUGAUAAGUUGGUCUAUUGGUUUGUGGGCCAACAAGCGAUUCGCGAAGAUCACGCAAAGGUUUCCCAACGUCCGGAGCUUAUCAGAGAGUUGAUCUUGCAGUCAAUAGAUGGUUUCCCACCUGAAGUCGCACAAUUGAUAGAAGACAGCGAGCUCGAGUCAUUAUCUUUAACACGGUUAAGAUACCGUGCCCCAUGGGAUUUGUUACUGGGAAAGUUCCGAAAGGGAACAGUGACGGUAGCCGGAGAUGCCAUGCAUGUUAUGGGUCCGUUCUUAGGACAAGGUGGCUCGGCGGCUCUGGAAGAUGCUAUUGUACUUGCUAGAUGUUUAUCACGCAAAUUUGUAAACCCAGUUGAUCGUGUACCUAAUAGUGAAAGGGAAACAACGAGGAUGAUGAUGAUUCGCGAAGUUGGAGAAGCAAUCGACCAGUACGUGAAAGAACGGAGGAUGAGGGCGGUGCGAUUGUCGAUGCAUACAUAUCUCAUCGGUUCGCUAUUGAAACCUUCCUCACUGUUGGUAAAAUUUGCUUGUAUUGUUUUCAUGGUUGUUUUCUUCAGAAACCCAAAUCAUACUCGAUAUGAUUGUGGGCUUCUGUGAUGUAUACCUAGGAUCAUUUUUCCCCUUAUUUUCGUCAAUGUUACUGUUGCUAUAAGAGUAUAAGACGCGGUAUUUGAUGAAAAAAUCAUCUUGUCAUAAGUAUCUCUGUUACUUAAUUGAUGCAGCUAUUUUAUAAACACACGGUAAAAUCAAGAAAGGAGUAGCUUUUGUCCUCCA